GUCAUGACGUGGAGGGGGUUUAGCGAGGCUGGAGGCCGCAAGCCGGAGCACAUCGGGGGAGCCGAGGCGGGGGGGAUGACCGAGCUGAUUUAGGCGCUUCGCUUAAGGCGACCGUUGUGUAAUUAAAGAAGAAGAAGCCCGCCGAGAAGAUGUCCGACGAGGAGCAAGAGCAGACCGUUGCCGAGGACCUGGUCGUUACCAAGUACAAAAUGGGGGGUGAUAUCGCCAACCAGGCUCUUCGCAUGGUGGUGGAGGCAGCCAAGGCUGGGGUAUCUGUGCUUGGCCUCUGUGAGAAGGGGGAUGCUUACAUCAUGGCCGAGACUGGGAAGGUCUUCAAGAAGGAGAAGGAAAUGAAAAAAGGCAUUGCCUUUCCCACCAGCGUCUCCGUCAAUAACUGUGUUUGCCACUUCUCUCCCCUGAAGAGUGACCCUGACUACACACUUAAAGAUGGUGAUCUGGUAAAAAUAGAUCUUGGCGUCCAUGUUGAUGGUUUCAUUGCAAACGUCGCCCACAGCUUUGUUAUCGGAGCCACGAAGGAGAAUCCCAUCACAGGACGCAAAGCUGACGUCAUCAAAGCAGCCCACCUGUGUGCAGAAGCUGCUCUUCGCCUUGUCAAACCAGGGAACCAGAAUACUCAAGUAACAGAAGCCUGGAACAAGAUUGCUCAGUCGUUCAAAUGCUCACCUAUUGAGGGGAUGCUGUCUCAUCAGCUGAAGCAGCACAUCAUAGAUGGAGAAAAGACCAUCAUUCAAAACCCCACAGACCAGCAAAGGAAGGACCACGAGAAGGCGGAGUUCGAGGUGCAUGAAGUCUAUGCCGUGGACGUGCUGAUCAGCACUGGCGAGGGGAAGGCUAGGGAUGGAGGACAGAGGACCACCAUCUACAAGAGGGACCCCAGCAAACAGUACGGUUUGAAGAUGAAGACCUCCCGUAUGUUCUUCAGUGAAGUCGAGCGACGCUUUGACGCCAUGCCCUUCACUCUUCGGGCUUUUGAGGACGAGGCCAAGGCGCGUCUUGGUGUCGUGGAGUGUGCCAAACAUGAGUUGCUGCAGCCUUUCAGCGUGUUGAAUGAGAAGGAAGGAGAGUUUGUAGCCCAGUUUAAGUUCACGGUACUGCUGAUGGCCAAUGGGCCCCACAGAAUCACAAACGGACCCUUUGAGCCCGAGCUCUACAAGUCAGAGUACCAAGUCCAGGAUCAAGAGCUGAGGACUUUACUACAGAGCUCUGCGAGCCGCAAGACGCAGAAGAAAAAGAAAAAGAAGGCCUCUAAGACAGCGGAAAACGCCACUGGACAGCCGACGGAGGACGCCAAGACGGCAGAGUAACUGCUGCCCCUCCACCCAUACUUAUACAUACGCAACACCCCAAAGAAAGGCAGAAGACAAGACGACCAUGACCAACACCUCCCCAGACUUUUACUUCUCGAUGCCACCACACGUUUAGAGGACUGGGAUUUUUAAAUGAAUCAUUCUGUUACUGCUGAAAUUGAUGGAACCCUCAAAAACCUGAGUUUGUGCUUAACCCUUUACUGCAUUUCAAAGAAGCAUGGAAGAAAUUGUCUUUUUUUUUUUUACUAAAGCGGCCUAAUAGCACAAAGAUUUUUCACAAUUUUGUAUAUUAGUGAUAACGAUUUUACAUAUUUAUGUUGCCAAGCGGUGAAAAUGUGCAACAACAGUUUAGUGUUGUUAAAGCGAAAAUAAGCAAAAAAAAAUAAUUGCUGUGAAAUGGAACAAAUCGGCGGCUUUUCUUCCUCCACCGAUUUAAUUGCAACCCGCGAUCUUAAAUACGAUGGCCGACAUGCAAAUCACGGAGGCCGCGAGUCUGCAGAACCUCCUUGUUUUGCGGUUACUUGAUGGGGUGUUUUGGUUUCUGUUGCGGCGUAAUAUUUUACUUUGGCAGCUGCGCAGACGUGCACAACCGAUGAGACGAACCAACCGGAUGUUUGCGAACAGCGGAAGGGACGUUGCACCAAUCAUUCACGUUGUUUGUGUAUGCCGCCGCAUACACGUGGCCGCCGCGUGGCGGAAGUGCAGUAAAGGGUUAAACUGCGCAUGAUCGCGUUUCAACAGGAAGCGCAGCCUUGUGUCGACGUCUUGCCCACGUUGUUUUGUACCCGACUCAUGAAAUGUUACGAUGCAGGCGAGGUGGUCUGAACCUUUUUCUUUUUUUUUAAUUAAAGAGGCAAAAGUUUUCAGAAGAUUAAAUAUGAAAUGGUCCAGAUGAAUCAGAGUUUCGUAUUCAAAACAGGUUUUGACAGGCAGAAAUUCCCACAUGACGAGACUGCCGCUGCUGUCAACUGACUCGCCGGCAACUUCCCCAUGACUACAUUUCCCAGUAUAGCAACGCAGGGAUGACGGGCGAUUGAAUAUGACGUAACACCCUGUAUAAGUACCGCCUUCGUGUUGCGUCACAUCCUCUUUCAGUUGCGCUCCUCGCUCGUCGAGACCCAUCUCCACAGAUGAGAGCCAAGUGGAGGAAGAAGCGUAUGCGCAGGCUGAAGCGUAAAAGGAGAAAGAUGAGGCAGAGGUCAAAGUAGGCUGCCCCGGUUGCCCACAGCUGUGAUCCUGUCAACCUUCCCUGAUGGCUGAUGCUUCACAGCCCAUGAAUGCUCCCAAGAGCUGAAGUGGACCGCAUGGUGCCAGACCUCAUUAAAGAAGCAAAGAUGAAUCCCUUGUUCAGGACAGCCAGCUGUGGGUGUCUUCGUUUGGAAGUUGGCCCAGAUGCAUAAAUCAUCACUCGACACCAGAACCACACCUGCUUUAAGAUGAUAAUAAAUUUUGGUUGCCAACAUAA